AUCGCUGCUCAUCUAAUCUCUCAAAGUGACGGAGGUCCAUCAUCCUGGUGUGUGUGUUGCAGGGGGGAGGGUUCUGAAUUUGGUUCAGCUGUAUGAAAAAAAGGGCUAGUCCACCUAGUGCUUUCUUCACAGACGCCUGCAUGAUAAUCCCAAUCUGUGGCCAUUAGAGUGCAGAGAGAACGAGCAAGGAGAGGGUUCAUGAGAGAGAGAGAGAGGGAGGGAGGGGGUGCCCAGACAGAGGCGCGCUCAAAGGGAAAAAGAACGAGAGAGAGAGAGGGAGUGUGUGUGAGAGGGCUUUUAAGGGAUUUGGCGGUGAUUUGUAGAAUCUCACUGCUGUAAUGUUGCACUUUUCUCUCAUUCUCACAUGAUAUUAUACCCCCCCCCUCCAAAAAAAAAGCUCCAGAACUCAGUGUUUUCAUUUUGUUUUACUAAACCACAACAAUUUUUUUUGUUGGACCAUUGUUUUUAGAGUGUCUUUGGUUAUUUUUGAGAGUGCACACAGACUGACUGAGAUGACAGAGGAUUUACGAUCAGUCAGGAGAGGAGAGCCUUGCUUCCAGAUAUAAUAAUCACAUUUUGGACCCUGGAUGGAGGCCUGCGUGGAAGAGUUUGUGUGAUGGACAAAAUCAAGGCUGGUCCAUGAAGAAUGGGCAGGUGUCAAAGGUAGAGGGAGUGGCCCAGUGCUGUCAGUACCUCUGCUGGUCAUCAUCAUGAUAUCAGAGGUCCUCUCAUCCCAUCAGUGCUCCUGGUUUGGUACGUCAUAUGGAUACAAACCAUGGCUUCGGUUGCUUUGGGUUCUACUGGUGGGUUUCAGUCCAGCCUCACGUGCCCAGCAGGGCACCCAGCCUCAGUCCAUCAAAAUCGAAGGCGACAUCACCCUGGGCGGCCUCUUCCCUGUGCAUUCUCGGGGUCCGGCUGGGGUACCCUGCGGAGAGAUCAAGAGAGAGAAGGGGAUCCAUCGACUGGAGGCCAUGCUCUAUGCCUUGGACCAGAUCAACAGCGAUCCCGAGCUGCUGCCUAACAUCACACUUGGGGCUCGGAUCCUCGACACCUGCUCCAGAGACACGUAUGCCCUGGAACAGUCGCUCACCUUUGUCCAGGCCCUCAUCCAGAAGGACAACUCGGAUGUGCGCUGCUCAAACGGAGAGCCUCCGAUCAUCCCAAAACCGGAGAGGGUGGUCGGGGUGAUUGGUGCGUCUGGAAGUUCGGUGUCCAUCAUGGUGGCCAAUGUACUCAGACUGUUUGCGAUCCCCCAGAUCAGCUAUGCGUCGACUGCCCCAGAGCUGAGCGACAACAGCCGCUACGAGUUCUUCUCCCGUGUGGUGCCUCCUGACUCCUACCAGGCUCAGGCCAUGGUGGACAUAGUCAAGAACAUGGGCUGGAACUAUGUGUCCACGCUGGCAUCUGAGGGCAACUACGGAGAGAGCGGAGUGGAUGCCUUCCUCCAGAUCUCCAGAGAAGCAGGAGGACUGUGUAUUGCACAGUCCAUAAAGAUUCCACGAGAGCCCAGACCAGGGGAGUUUGAUAAAAUCAUCAAGAGACUGAUGGAGACCUCCAAUGCUCGCGGGGUUAUCAUCUUUGCCAAUGAAGACGACAUCAAACGGGUGUUGCAGGCUGCCAAAAAGGCCAACCUGACAGGCCACUUCCUAUUUGUUGGAUCGGAUAGUUGGGGAUCCAAAAACUCUGCGAUUGAAGACCAGGAGGAGGUGGCUGAGGGUGCUGUCACCAUCCUGCCUAAAAGAGCCUCCAUUGACGGGUUCGACCAGUACUUCACUUCGAGGUCGCUGGAGAACAACAGGAGAAACAUCUGGUUUGCAGAAUUCUGGGAGGAUGACUUCAAGUGCAAACUAACUCGCCCUGGGAUAAAAUACGAUCCUGGUAGAAGAAAAUGUACAGGUGAAGAAAGAAUCAGCCGAGACUCUCAGUAUGAACAGGAGGGCAAGGUGCAGUUUGUGAUUGAUGCUGUGUACGCCAUGGCCCACGCCUUGCACAGCAUGCACCUGGACCUCUGUGCUGGCUCCAUGGGUGUGUGCGAAAAGAUGGACCCCGUAGAUGGACGCAUGCUCCUCCAGUACAUUCGCUCUGUAAACUUCAAUGGUAGCGCAGGAACUGGAGUGAUGUUCAAUGAGAAUGGAGAUGCUCCGGGUCGAUAUGACAUCUUCCAGUACCAGAUGUCCAAUGUCAGCAAUCCUGGCUACAAGAAUAUCGGCCAGUGGACAAACCAUCUUCGCCUCAAUCCGGAGGAGAUGCAGUGGUCAGGCGGUGACCGUAAAAUUCCAGAGUCGGUGUGCAGUUUUCCCUGCGAGUCUGGCGAGAGGAAAAAGAUGGUCAAGGGUGUUCCCUGCUGCUGGCACUGCGAGCUCUGUGAUGGCUACCAGUAUCUGCUGGAUGAAUUCACCUGUGACAUGUGCCCAUUCGACAUGAGGCCCUUGGAGAACCGCACGGGAUGCCGCCCUACACCAAUCAUCAAGCUGGAGUGGAGCUCCCCCUGGGCCAUCAUCCCCGUCUUCUUGGCCAUCCUGGGCAUCUUAGCAACCACCGGAGUCAUUGUCACCUUCAUCCGCUUCAAUGACACACCCAUUGUCCGGGCUUCUGGGAGAGAGCUCAGCUAUGUGUUGCUGACAGGAAUCUUCCUCAUCUACCUCAUCACCUUCUUCAUGAUUGCAGAGCCCAGUGUGGCAAUAUGCGCCUUCCGCCGCCUGUUUUUGGGGCUCGGGAUGUGCAUCAGCUACGCCGCCAUGCUGACGAAGACCAACCGGAUCUACCGCAUCUUUGAACAGGGCAAGAAGUCGGUCACACCUCCUAAGUUUAUCAGCCCCACCUCUCAGCUCAUCAUUACUUUUAUACUCAUCUCAGUGCAGUUACUCGCGGUGUUCAUCUGGUUUGGUGUGAUGCCCCCACACACCAUCAUUGACUAUGAAGAGCAGAAGCCUCCAAACCCAGAGUUUGCCCGUGGAAUUCUCAAGUGCGACAUGUCCGACCUUUCCCUCAUACUGUGUCUGAGCUACAGUAUUGUACUGAUGAUCACCUGCACGGUGUAUGCCAUUAAAAGCAGAGGAGUUCCUGAGACCUUCAAUGAGGCCAAACCAAUCGGCUUCACCAUGUACACCACCUGCAUCAUCUGGCUGGCCUUUGUUCCCAUCUUCUUUGGCACAGCGCAGUCUACAGAGAAGAUGUUCAUCCAAACCACCACUCUGACCGUGUCCAUGAGCCUGAGCGCCACCGUAUCCUUGGGCAUGCUCUAUGUCCCCAAAGUCUACGUCAUCAUCUUCCACCCGGAGCAGAACGUCCAAAAGAGAAAGCGCAGCUUUAAAGCCGUGGUUCAGGCGGCUACCGUGACCACGCACCUGUCCCUGAAGUCCAACGACAAACAGAACGGAGAGUCCAAGGUCGAGCCUGACAGGUCACAGUGACGGGAAUCAAAAUGACAACUGAAGGCAACAAAGAAAUGGUUUGCAAAGAGUGGGAAAAAAUAGCAUUUAAUUAAGCUUUUUGGCUGGAUUGUGUGUGUUUCUUUUUUGAAUCCCCCCUUUUUAUUUUGGAUUGAAAUACCAGCAAAAACAUUUGUGGAUUAUGUUUCUUUUCACACUUAUUUAGAUAAUCAAGAAAGUGAAAGCGCAAAAGAAACCUGAAAGGCUCACUCUACAUCAUCAUGAGUUUGACAGCUUAGCAGGGGUAUGGAAAGGAUGCAGAGCCACUUUGAACGGACUUCAGAAUGAUCUACAUAUAGAUGUGUUGACAUGAAAAUGGAAGACAAUUUAAAAAAAAAUGUUAAGCUUAAAUGGAGACCUUUGCUUAGCAGUAAGAUGUAUGCUUAUGUCAAACCUCAAUGAAACAUCGCUGUUCACAGGCUGCAUGGGCUAUGUGUUUUACGUUUACACGAAUGUUAUUUAUAUAGGCUGUUGUGACCUUUUCUUCUGCUUGCACUGGAAGGAUGUAACUUUUAAAAUGCCCCACCACGUCCUGUCAUGACGACCCCCCGGGCUAGAUACAACAAACCACAAAACUAUAACCACUCACAGCUAAAUCAAUAUCCAGUCACUAAGGAAACACAGCAUUUAAUUAGUCUUAUCACUGCAAUUAUUUUGGCAGAGAAUGGAUUGCUUUUAUUCUGGAAACUGAGUUCAUGAGUGCACAAAGGAUGCAAGUGAUUGUGAACAGGAUGCAUUAUCUUGUACUUGUUACUUUUCAGUUUUCCACGGUGGAAAACAAUGGUUGGCAUUUUCCCCAAAUUGUUUGUCCAAAUAUCAAGCAAACUUGUAUAAAGGUCAGUUUGUAAGGGCUGCAUGCCAAAGCUGUAGACAGGCUACAUUUAUGUUAAUGCAUGGGAACUUCACAAGCAAGCUUCACCUCUUGGCUGCGUUCGAUGUUGUUCCAUGAAAGGUCCUCCAUCUUAACCAGUUCUGCAUUUCUGCAAACAUUAAAAUUCAUUUGACAUUGAAAACGGGGCGGAAUGAGCAAAAAGCCCCAAUUUUAUGUUAUUUUAUUAUUUUUUUGCAAGUAUAUUAUUUGCAGCGUAUUGUUUUUUUUGUUACUUGACCAUGAUGCACAACUCAGGUUUUGACCGAUGUUUUUCUUGAGCCUUUUCCUGUUGUUCUGGCUUCUUCAGUAUAAAUGGAUUCAGCAUUCCUCACAUGCAGGCAGUAUCACUCACAACGCAGGCCGGCUGACAGGUUCAUACCCUUAUGUGAGAAAAUUUUGUUUGUACUGCCCUCUGCAGGGCAGUCCAGGUCAUUGACAUGUUUGUGAUUAAAAGUCGAGAGGAAAUUGUCGAUUGCAAAAGAAUCUUAAUAAAAAAUAUUGUUUAUUA